CACGUAGUACACAGUCAAAGUUGUCGCAGCCCAUCCAAGUGACUGCUGCGCUCAGUGGCCCGUGAUGACUGUGAACCCAACGAAAUGGAUGAUGACGUCAUGGUUUUACAUAUGCAAAAAUAGUGAAGAAAGGGUUUAACGUGAAAAAGGGGUGACCUGCCGCAGGCGCCCGGAACGGGACGAACCCAAAGGAAAAAGUCCUAGUUCAGUAUAUGAGAGUGUAGAAGGAACACAGAUGCAAAAAGUGGUGCACCUCACCUCGCUUAUCCACAAGACAACGUGUCGUGGCGGUGACGUUAUCUAGUACGCGUACGAAAUGAUGUCGGAAACAUGGACCUACGGCAUAGAUGUAGAAUCAUAGAGUCCGAGGCAGUGGUACAAUACAAGGCUUGAUUUGAUUUGAGUGGAAUUGAUAUCCAAAUCGGAUUAAAAGCUUUGCCGUCCGCAGCGCAUGCGCGUAUGUGUCGGCUGCCAUAACGACGGCGUCUCGUCGCUGUCAAUGCCAAACUCGCCACGGCGCUUUCGUUGCUGCCCAUUUUCGUUCUUUUCGUGACUGACGUGUAAAACGACAACGGUAACAAUUAGAAGUUGCCGCCACGCCACGCCACGCCACGCCCGGAAACGGUCACGCUCACCAGGAGGAGGACCAGAAACGUCCAGCCUUUCCUGCCAGAUCAGAACCUCCUGCUGGACCAAAAUGUGAAGUGCCGGGAUGUGGAAAGUCACGUGUUGGGAAAUCAGAGGAACAACACAGAUGAGCAGUCUCCUCUGGUGAAAGCACACGAGAUGCUCCGCCCCCGCAGCAGGGGGCCCUCUCCAUUGAGAUUGUGCCCUCUCGCCGUGGAAGGACAGACUCAUCCAAUUGCCACGGAAACUGAGUACCGCUGCAGUUUCCAGGGUCGGCCUCCGGCUCGCGGGGCCCGCCUGCGGAAGCAUCUGGAUCGUCGCCAGAGAGUUCCUCUUUUCCACACGCGCGCUAGUCUGAAGGGGAGGGAGGAGUUUGACGAUAUGCCCCAAACGCAACACGAUGGUGCUACCCGGCGGAGGCAAGCCACACCCCCUCCGCAGGUUCAUCGGCGACACAGGAAGCAGACCGAAUACGAAGCCAGCUUCCAUCAUCCCACGGUUGGCGCGGCGGGCGAAACUCCUCAGGUGGCAGUGUUGAGACAGAAAGCAUCGUUGUACCGCCGCCGGGCCUGGGGGACCAACUUCUCCAGACAGCACCUGAGCCAACUCACGUCCCAGCACAACGUCCUUUGGGAGCCCAGCACCGACACCAGCUCCGUCGAUCAGAGCCCCCGGCCCUCCUCGUGUCCCACAGUCAUCCCGGACCCCCGGAGCCCUCCCCGCAUGGAGGUUCUGGACCUCGCCAGCUGCUGCACUUCCUCGUCUGGAGCGGCAAGCCCCGCUCACGGCAGGCCAGUGGCGCUGCCCGCCGGUUGCGAAACGCCCUGGGUGGCAGAAGGACGCGAGGAUGGGGUGGCGAUGAACAGCGGACCGCUUCACAGAAGGCGUUUGGAUGUCACUGCACCUGGCCCCGGUAUACACACGGCUUUCACAGGGGUUGCCGUCCUGGUGGGGAGGUCCAGUUCAGAAGAAGCUUUUCAGAGGCGCAGCGUCAGUGUUUCUAUGGCAACGGACCGAGCCAACACUCCGCAUUUGGCAAAAGGUCUGUCGCGGCCUUGUAGCCCCGCCCUCUUCCACCGGGCCCGGUCUGCCACGAAGAGUCGACCGAUCGUGUCCGGGCUGAGCCCGGUCCCGCCCCCGCCCCCGCCCCCGAUGCAUGUUAUCCGAGGACUGCUGAGAGACGCCGAGUUCCAACACAACGGUGAGCUGGGUCUGAGGUUCUACUCGCAUCGAGGUUUCGCAAGCAACUCCUCCUGACAAAGGGAAGCGUUUGCGGUUGAUGUCGAGCCUCUCGGCGGCGCCGAUGACUGUUCUGGACCGCGGGCAGAGCAGGUGCCAGGAAUUCUGGUGGAAAACUCGAAGGAUCCCUCGUCUCUUCAACCGACAGACGAUGGACUUUGAUGUUCUCCAAUCAAACAUCUCAGACUUAUUCUUCAUCUUUUUACUCACACUUAAAACAUCUUUCAUUCUUGACGCUUUAAUCUUUAUCUAAUUUUGUUCUGGGUUAGACUCCAAGUUGUUUGAUUUUCACCUUUAUUAAUUGGUCUGUUCUUUCCUGCUUUACUUUGUCUUAAUUUCCUUCAAUUCUCACUCAAGUUUUUCUUCUCAUCCUUGACGCUACUUUUAAUUGUAAUUGUGCAAUGUGGGCUAAAUAUAUACUCGAGUUGUGAUUUCA